AUGGCUGCCGCUCCUCCCAACACUAUCUAUCCUCAGAGCCAUGUCGGUUUCGACAGCAUCACUUCUCAAAUUGAGAAGAAGCUCUUGAAACGUGGUUUCCAAUUCAACGUCAUCUGUGUUGGUCAGACCGGUAUGGGCAAGUCGACGCUCAUCAACACUAUCUUUGCUUCUCACCUGAUCGACUCCAAGGGUCGCUUCCAGCCCGACGAGCCUAUCCGCCAGACCACUGAGAUCCAGGCCGUUUCUCACAACAUUGAGGAGAACGGUGUCCGACUCAGACUCAACAUUGUCGAUACUCCCGGCUACGGCGACCUUGUCAACAACGACCGCUGUUGGGACCCCAUCGUCAAGUACAUCAAGGAUCAGCACUCCGCGUACUUGCGCAAGGAGCUCACUGCACAGCGAGAGCGCUACAUCCAGGAUACCCGUAUCCACUGCUGUCUCUUUUUCAUCCAGCCAUCUGGCCACUCUCUCAAGCCCAUUGAUAUUGUCGUCUUGAAGAAGUUGUCUGAUGUUGUUAACGUGGUACCUGUCAUUGCCAAGGCCGACACUCUGACCGUUGAGGAGCGUCAGGAGUUCAAGGAGCGCAUCAAGGAGGAGUUCGCUUUCCACAACCUCAAGAUGUACCCCUAUGAUAACGAGGAAUUUGAUGAUGAGGAGCGUGCUCUGAACGGUCAGAUUAAGAAUCUUGUUCCUUUCGCAGUUGUCGGUUCCGAGAAGUCGAUUAUCGUCAAUGGUAAGCAGGUCCGCGGCCGCCAGAACCGAUGGGGUGUCAUCAAUGUUGAGGACGAGACUCACUGCGAAUUUGUCUAUCUCCGAGACUUCCUUCUCCGAACGCACCUCCAGGACCUUAUCGAGACCACCUCUCAGAUCCAUUACGAGACCUUCCGUGCCAAGCAACUGCUGGCCCUGAAGGAGAGCAGUGCUCAUGGUGGGGCUAGCAGCCGACCCAUCAGUCCUGCCGCUGACCGCGAGUUGAGCCGAAACUCGCAACGAAUGACGAUGAACGGCUACUAG